AUGGGGGACACCUUCAUCCGCCACAUUGCCCUUCUGGGCUUCGAGAAGCGCUUUGUCCCCAGCCAACACUAUGUGUACAUGUUCCUGGUUAAAUGGCAGGACCUGUCAGAGAAGGUGGUCUACAGGAAAUUCACUGAGAUCUACGAGUUCCAUAAAAUGCUAAAGGAGAUGUUCCCCAUCGAGGCAGGCGAGAUCCAGUCGGAGAACAGAGUCAUUCCACACCUCCCGGCACCCAGGUGGUUCGAUGGGCAGCGUGCAGCUGAGAGCCGCCAGGGGACGCUCACUGAGUACUUCAACGCCCUUAUGGGACUGCCCGUGAAGAUCUCCCGCUGCCCACACCUGUUGGACUUCUUCAAAGUGCGACCUGAUGACCUGAAGCUGCCCACUGACAGCCAGGUGAAGAAGCCUGAGACAUAUCUGAUGCCCAAAGAUGGCAAGAGUAAUGUAGCUGACAUCACAGGGCCCAUCAUUCUUCAGACCUACCGUGCCAUCGCUGACUACGAGAAGAGUUCAGGCACGGAGAUGACCGUAGCCACCGGAGACGUGGUGGACGUCGUGGAGAAAAGCGAGAGUGGCUGGUGGUUUUGCCAGAUGAAGACAAAGCGAGGCUGGGUCCCUGCAUCUUACUUGGAGCCCCUUGACAGUCCCGACGAGGCAGAGGACCCGGAUCCCAACUACGCAGGUGAACCGUACGUAACCAUCAAAGCCUACGCUGCUGUAGAAGAGGAUGAGGUGACCCUGUCUGAAGGUGAAGCCAUUGAGGUCAUUCAUAAGCUCCUGGAUGGCUGGUGGGUGGUCAGGAAAGGGGAUGCCACUGGCUACUUCCCAUCCAUGUAUCUGCAGAAGGCUGGGGAGGAGAUAACCCAGGCCCAGCGACAGAUCAGAAGCCGUGGGGCACCACCACGCAGGUCGACCAUCCGCAACGCGCAGAGCAUCCACCAGCGUUCGCGGAAGCGCCUCAGCCAGGACACCUAUCGUCGCAACAGCGUCCGAUUCCUACAGCAGCGCCGAGGACCUGCGCGACCCGGACCGCAGAGAGCCGAGGGCACAAAGGAUAAUCUGUCGACUCAGCGCGCCAAACCGCAGCCUGCAGUGCCCCCGCGACCCAGCGCGGACCUCAUCCUGCACCGCUGCACAGAGAGCACCAAGCGGAAGCUAGCGUCUGCUGUGUGAGGGUGGCGGCUCCAAGAAGGCGUCCCAUCUCUAGCCCUGUAUAUACUUGUAUAUAGCCUGGGGCCAGAGGCUCCUCCCCCCCCCCC